UACCCAGGGGAGAUCAAGGAGAAGGCAGCUGCCCAGGAGAAGUACAGCUCUGCUGUGGCCCAGGGUCAGAGUGCUGGAAUCAUCAAGUCCACAGGAAGAAGCCUGGAACAGUUCCAAGUGUCUGUCAAUGUGGCCCCUGCUGCCAAGGUGGCUUUUGAGCUGGUCUAUGAAGAGCUGUUGAAACGUCAACUGGGGAAGUAUGAGCUGAUGCUGAAGGUUCGACCCCAACAGCUGGUGAAACACCUGCAGAUAGACAUCCACAUCUUUGAGCCUCAAGGCAUCAGCUCCCUGGAGACUGAGAGCACCUUUAUGACCAAUGACCUGGCAGAUGCCCUCACCACAACCCAGAACAAGACCAAGGCUCACAUAGUGUUCAAGCCAUCUCUGAGCCAGCAACAGAAGGAGCCUGGGAAGGAAGACACGGCUGUGGAUGGUAACUUCAUUGUCCGUUAUGAUGUGGACCGAGUCACUGCUGCAGGGGACAUCCAG